AUGAGUAGUGUUCAUAAUAGCGUGGAGACUGUAAAUGCUGCGGCAACUGCCAUAGUUGCUGCUGAAUCCAGAGUUCAACCAUCUACACGACAGAAGAGACGAUGGGGAAGCUGCUGGAGUCUGUAUUGGUGUUUUGGUUCACACAAACCCGACAAACGGAUUGGUCAUGCUGUCCUUGUUCCGGAACCAACUCCUCCCGGGGUUGAAGCUCCUCUUGCUGAAAAUCCAAACCAUUCUGCCACCAUAGUAUUGCCCUUCAUAGCCCCUCCCUCUUCACCUGCAUCUUUUCUCCAAUCAGAUCCUCCGUCCGCCUCCCACUCACCUGCUGGUUUACUUUCCCUAACAGCACUUUCUGUUAAUGUAUACUCUCCCGGUGGGACGGCGCCGAUUUUUGCAGUUGGCCCCUACGCUCAUGAGACUCAAUUAGUUUCACCACCGGUUUUUUCUGCCUUCACCACUGAACCAUCAACUGCUUGUUUUACUCCCCCUCCUGAAUCAGUGCAAAUGACAACACCUUCUUCACCAGAAGUGCCAUUUGCUCAGCUUUUGACGUCAUCACUAGCACGUAAUCGCAAAAACAAUGGAACCAAUAUGAAAUUCUCAUUAUCCCAGUAUGAUUUUCAGCCUUAUCAAUACCCUGGAAGUCCUGGAGGUCGUCUAAAAUCUCCAGGUUCAGCAAUUUCUACUUCAGGAACCUCUUCACCCUUUCCUGAUAAGCUCCCUAUUGUUGAAUUCCGCAAGGGGGAAGCUCCCAAAUUUCUAGGAUAUGAACACUUUGCCAAUCGUAAGUGGGGUUCAAGAGUCGGUUCUGGAUCAUUGACUCCAACUGGUUGGGGAUCAAGGCUAGGCUCUGGAACAUUGACACCAAAUGGUGGGCUUUCUAGGUUAGGUUCUGGAACUGUAACACCUAAUGGUGGAGAACUCCCGUCUCAAGACAGUUAUCUUCUAGAGAGCCAAAUUUCCGAAGUGGCAUCCCUUGCCAACUCAGAUAACGAAUCAAAAGAUGGGGAAGUUGUAGCGGAUUAUAGAGUCUCAUUUGAGCUUAUUUGUGGAGAUAUUCCGACCUGUGUGGUAAAGGAGUCAGUUCCAUCAAACAAAAUUGCAUUGCAAACUGUUCCAGAGACAGCAACGAAUGGUACAAAUAAAAAUGAUUUGAUGGCAAAGAACACAGAUUGUCGUGGAGAAUAUUCUGAUGGGGAAACUGUCAGUGAAUUUCCCAACGUGGCUCGGAGGCAUCGUACCAUUUCACUAGGUUCUAGCAAGGAUUUCAAUUUCAACAAUGCAAAGGAAGAAGUCUUAGACAAGUCCACUAUUGACUGUGAGUGGUGGAUUAAGGACAAAGUUGCGAAGAAGGAAUUAGGUCCUCAGAAAGACUGGACUUUCUUCCCAGUGCUGCAGGCCGGGGUCAUCUAA